AUGGCUUUGGUCAUCAAAUGGAUUCUAAUCAAACCGAUUCAUGUUAGUAUGACUUUUAAAUUUGAUCGACAAUUACCUCUCUUCUUUCAACAACAUGUUUUGUGCUCGAUCAUUGAAUUGCGUGAAGAAUUCAACAUUAUUACUUUUCCAUUAGCUUGUCUUCUUAUCGUUAUGUUUGCUAUUAUGACUAAACGGAAUCGAUCAAAAACAAAUCAUUGGUUUCAGGGCUAUGGAGCUAUACCAAUGCCGGUGGAUUUUUUCGCUCAUGUUAAACGAACAUUUGCUGCAGUAGUCUUUGCUAUUUAUGCGGACGAAUUGUUGGACAUUGCAAAUGAAUUGAUCAGUGGUGAUGAUACAUCAUCGGACAAAGGUCUCUUUGUACAAAAUUGA